CCUCAAACUCUUUCCCCUCUCCUCCUCCCUCUCCUCCUCCUCCUCCUCCUCCUCCUCCUCUUCGAUCGCUAGAUCUCUCUUACCUCCACCUCCUCCCAAUGCGAUCGCGAGAUCCUUCUACGCCCCCACGGCUGCGGCGGCGAUACGAUGGAUGUCGUCUUCUCCGGCGACGGUGAGCUUGCUGAGGCUGAACGAUCUGAGGGACAACGAGGGGGCGAGGAAGAAGAAGAAGCGGAAGGGGAGGGGGAUCGGGUCGGGGAAGGGGAAAACGGCCGGGAGAGGGCACAAGGGGCAGAAGGCGAGGGGGACCGCGAAGUUCGGCUUCGAGGGGGGCCAGACCCCGCUCCGGCGCCGCCUCCCGCGCCGCGGCUUCAAGAACCCCUUCAGCCUCACCUUCCAGCCAGUUGGUCUGGGAAAAAUUGCAAAACUGAUUAAUGCAGGCGAGAUUGAUUCAUCAGAGCUUAUCACGAUGAAGACCCUCAAGGAUACAGGUGCUAUUGGGAAGCAAAUAAAGGACGGUGUGCGAUUAAUGGGUCGUGGUGCAGAAGAUAUUAAAUGGCCAAUUCACCUUGAGGUAUCAAGGGUCACAGUUAGGGCAAAAGCAGCAGUAGAAGCAGCCGGUGGGUCGGUGAGGAAGGUCUACUACAACAAGCUUGGAUUUAGGGCACUUCUCAAGCCUGAGUGGUUCGCGAAGAAGGGGCGGCUUUUGCCUAAAGCAGCGAGGCCUCCACCAAAGCAGCGCGAUAAGGUCGAUAGCAUUGGCCGCCUCCCCGCCCCUACAAAACCGAUACCUUUUACACCUGAAGAAGAGAAAGAGGCCGCAGCAGCUAAGGUGGCUGCAUGAAACUGAAAAUGUUAACUUUGUUUCAUUCUGAUCGGAAUUUUGCUCGAUGCUUUUGGGAGGGCAAAAAUGGGCUUCACUUGUACUUCUGUAAACAAAAGCAUGUUGGGUUUUAUUUAUUGGAUCGGAUUCAAUCUGGUCAUCUGGAAGAAGAAUUUAUUGUUGCAGUGCCAAUUUUCUCUUUCUAUUUUUUUGUUAAUUUCCAUUUGAUACAAUAGAGAGUUGAACUGAGAUGAUCUGAUAAAAGAAAAGAUGCAUGAUAUGGAAGCAUGCUCAUGUUUUCAUGAUUCUAUGUA